GCCAGAUUGGUUUAAAGACAUGCGCUGAUAACACUUUCACAUAGUUUUCAUCAUCAGUAUGCGGUGGACACUCGACCGUUAUGACUACAAGACUCAUUAUAGUGUUAUACCUGACGUCGCUGAUCCCCGUUAUGUCUGGGGCGACGAUGUUCUGUAAGACAUGCCACUCGGUGCAUGACCCGGCUCACUGUCACGUAAUCGAGUCCUGCAGAGAAGGGUACUGCGCGAUGGAAGUAUACCAACUGAACGGUACCCGCACAUACACAUAUUCUUGCAAAGAACACCACAGUUGUGAACACCAGCUAAUCGGCAAGAGGGGACCGGGUCCACAUCACGAAGAAGGCAUUCUAUUAUGCAAGCAGUGCUGUCAGUAUACGGGCUGCGAAAAGCACUUAUGCCAAGACUACCUUCCUACAACAAUGACACAUCGUUACACCACGACAGAUAGCCCGACCACGACACCAAGCCCGAUAACGACACGUCCGGCAAGCACGUGUUUGAAUCUGGAGAGUUCUGACUUCCGUUGUGCCGAUCUCGAUCAGUUCCACUUUUGUUCUGAUGUGAACUCCAGUUUGCACUCUGUCGCCAAGGAAAGGUGCCCGCUUCACUGCGGCUUCUGUGGUAGGCAUGGCGUUCUUGCUCUAGCUACCAAAAUAACCAACCUACCAACGGUUAUCGCGACGACGUCCACAAACGCUUGUGAAGACGUAGAGGAUAGGCAAUUCCGAUGCAGCGACUGGAAGGCUCUGGGAAAUUGCGCCCUGGGCACCGAUCCUGGAUACCAGGUCUCGCGACUAAAGUGUAGGAAAACGUGUGACCUGUGUGACGUGUGAUCAUAGUAUACACACUGCUACGAAGAAUAAAACAGCCGAAGAUCUACUUACCAAUUGUAUGUAACAGGUCAAUAUAAAAAGCUUCAUCGAG